UCAAAAGCAACAGCUGUCGCUGGUAAUUAACAUUGCGACGCGUCAGCACUCAAAUUAAUAAUAAAUUAAUGAAAUUUAAGUAAAUGGACUCGCUAUAUCAUCAGACAAAUCAAACGGUCAAAGAGAUCGAACAGGCGUUUCAACGCCUCAGCAGACUAGCAACCACCGAAGAGACCAUAGCUGAGGAAAAUAACAUUAAAUUGAAAAUUACACAAGCCAAUAGCAACUGCGAUCGCCUCGAUGUCUUGCUCUUCAAAGUGCCCCCCUCACAGAGGCAAAGCUCCAAAUUGCGUGUGGAUCAACUGAAAUAUGAUUUGAGGCAUUUGCAAACUUCUCUUCAGCAUGCCAAAGACCGGCGACAAAGGCGCCAGCAAGAGAUUUCGGAGAGGGAACAAUUGCUACAACAUCGUUUCUCUGCGAAUAGCCAGCAACCGGUAGCGGGAGCGGGUGAAACGUCUAUACAGUUGGAUUAUGAUCUACAGCACCACACACAAUUGGGCAAUGCCCAUCGGGGUGUAGAUGAUAUGAUUGCCUCGGGUAGUGGCAUACUGGAGAGCCUCAUAUCACAGCGUAUGACAUUGGGUGGGGCACACAAAAGGAUUCUUGCCAUUGGCAGCACAUUGGGCUUGUCGAAUCAUACAAUGAAAUUGAUUGAACGGCGCUUGGUCGAGGAUCGUCGCAUAUUUUGGGGUGGAGUAGUCGUUACGCUGCUAAUUAUAGGAUUAAUCGUUUACUAUUUAGUCUGAUAUAUCAAAUAAAUUGUGUGUAAAUGUAUACUAGAGCACAAAGAGUCA